AUGGGAAACAGCGAACUACGGGGAAUGAGGAUAUGGCUCGUCCUCCUCUCCUUCAUCAACAUCGGCACCAUCACCGGCUGUUACGCCUACCGCACCUACCACAAUUCGUUCAACUACACAGAACCACCAUGGAUGACCGUCAAGGACUGGGCAAUUAUCAUCUUCUCCGCCAUCCUCUUUGUCUCCUACGUCUACAGCUUCCGCGGCAAACGAGUCCAGGAAAAACAUAUGCGGGUCUUUUGGAUGCUCAUCCCCUGCCUCACCCUCAUGGGUAUCGCCUUCGACGCCAUCAACCGAGAGCUCACCCGUUACUCCGGAACCUCGUCAUCGAGCAGGAGUUCCUUUCAGUGCGGAGAACUCGAGUGCGUCCUUCGCUGGGUCGUUUACUUUGGUUGCGCUGUCACGGGUCUCUUCUCGCUGAUUGAGAUUGGGAUGGCUUAUGCCUGGGGACCCCUCCAGCCCAAGAACAGUCUCUAUGGGUCGCUGGGAUACAACAACAAUGCGCAAGUCAUGAUCGUCAGUCCGGCCCAUCAGCAACCCCAAAUCCUCUAUGCUCAGCAACCGGGACUCGUCGCACCUCAGCCCCUUCUCCAGCCUCAACAGAACUACUACUACCAACAGCCAGCACCAUUGCAACAACAACAGCAACAGCAACAACAUUCCAACAUAAUCGGUCCCCUUCCCACUAAUGAAUCCAACAACCUCAACCCAACAGCAGGAACACCAGGGGUAGCGGCGCAACCUUAUCUGUACACUGGGCAGCAACAACAGUUCCAGAGCUUUGCCCAACCCGCGCCCCUGCAGCAACAGCAACAACCACAACCUAGCCCCCAACCAUCACCAGGAGCAACCACUUCUACUCCUGGAACUCAACACUACUCCCCUGCUGCGGCUUCUUCACAACCUUCCACUUCGGCAUAA